CGUAGGAAGGUUGUCGCUUGCGUUCAUCUGAUCUUUGUUUGCCCUUUCUCGAUCAAUGAUCAUUGUUUUUGUUGUGAACUCGUGACCGCAUGUCGAUAACGAAAACAUAUUGAUCUGCUGUUCACUAAUUGUGCACACAUUCGUGUAUAAUAAUUAAGUUAAAACAGCUGUGAAAUCACCGGUGAUCGUCGUGAAAUUUGUGAUGAAAUUUUGUUACCUUUUCACCGUGCAAAAUAGACCGUUUUGGCAAGGUCGCGAUGGUUUGAGAUAAGUUAAUAGAGUGGUGUGUGGACUGAUGCGGUUUCCAUUUGUGUUCUGUGCUUUUAAAGUGUUAAUUUUGUGAUAGAAAGUGUGUCGAAAAUGGGUACAACGGGGCUCACAUUGGCAGAUUUGCCGAACAUUUUUAUAAUGAUAGGCGCUCUCGUAGCGCUCUUUGUGAUGCUGGUGAUACUUCUGAGGAACAUGGAGGUGCUCGGGGUGGUGGGUGAGGGUCGCGAGCAGUCGUGGCGGCGGGCCAUGCAGCCGCCGCGGCUUCUCAUGCAGCGCGUACACAUACCCUUCACCUUCAAACUGCAGGACAACGCGCCAACAGCUUAUAGCGGCGUGAACUGCAUCAUGUCUUCAACAGUGAGAUACUGGUAUGCAAGCUGGUGGGGCGCGCCGGUGAGCCAACUCCACCGACUGCUGUGGGGUUCCUUGUCCGAGAUUCUCGCAUCCAGCCACCUCGACUUCAAAGGGAGUAACCCCCACGACGAGCGAGCAAUGCGCCUGUCGACAGAGGAGCCCCCCGCGCUCGGGCAGCCGCCGCGCACUUGCUACCCUCUGGUGGUGAUCCUCGCACGAGACAGCAAGGACACGGCUGAUCUUAGACCCGACGAUACCGUGGCGCUAGUGAGCGUGGUGCACAUCAGGGACGAGCAGUGUCCGCUCCCCAGCGGUAUUCUCGCGCAAUACCUUAAACAGGCCAACGGACACCUCUCCUGCUUGAAGCAACUGUACGUGUCCGGCGAGGCGGCGGAGGCGGGCGGGUACGCGGGCCGCGUGGAGCCGCCGCCGCUGUGCUGCGUGUGCGCCGCCGCGCCGCUGUCGCGCGCGCUGCUGCCGUGCAGACACGCCUGCCUGUGCGCGCACUGCCUGCCAAAACUAGAUAAGUGCCCGAUCUGCAGGAGUGCGAUAUCGAGCUACUUCUGCAUCAGAAACGAGGAGGAACAGCUGACAGAACUGAAGCAGCCCCGCUUCCCGCUCAACAGGCGACUCUUCAACCUCUUCCACUACCACUAGACGUGAAACAACCCGAAGGUAUACGUAACGGAAGGUGUGCGACUACCCUUAGUUUAAAAAAUAAUAAAUAUGUUCCAUAAAUAAAAAGAAAGUAAAUUAGGAAAAUAGAGAAAACAAGCACGUUCUAAAAUUAAAUAAUCUUGACAGUUGUAGAAAAAAAUAUGUAAGAUAAUCUUCGUAAAAAUGUCCUAAAACUAAACUUGUCAAAAACUAUUAAAAAAAGAAAAUAAAAAUUUAUAACAGCUCUAUGAAGGGCCUUUGUUCGAAAGAUCUCAGUUUUCGAAUUUACCCAAUGGUUUCUGACAAGUUUUAUUCAAUUUUCAUUCGUCCUUAGUGUUUAAUUCACGUUAACAUGAACACUAAAAUGUAGAAAAAUACAAAAAAAAAAUAUGUUGUAAAAUGAAAAACACAUGUGAUGUAAUUAAUUAAAAAGACAAGAAUGAAUGUUUUUAGAUUUAGUAGUUAUAAUAAUUAGUGAGCAAAGGGAUCGUUUUAACUUGCUGCAGUAUUAUAUUAUUAGAAAAAAAAAUCACGCAUGGUGUCACCGAAGCAGCAUGCAGAGAUAUAUAGUGCAUAUCCAGUCCUCGCCAGCUAUGUUCAACUCUCCAUGUAAUAGAAGCUAGCCUAUUGCCAUUAACCGCGAUAUCAGUACAAUACAAAUACACUUUAUUGCACCAAAAUAAUAAUAAUUACAAAAAGACUUAAACUAGGCAAAUGGCGGCCUGAUCGCUAUCAAUGAUAUCAGUAUCAUUAUUAAUAUCAUUAUUAUUAUAACCUCGUUAGGCCCGGAUUUCCAGACACAAUAGUUAAACAAUGGGAUUUGGAUAUUAAAAGGCAUCUGGGCCUUACGACCAUAUCAUGCUUAGUGAUAUCAAUUAUCUAUUAUCUAUCUAAACGUGGAUUCAAACUCAUAAAAGAUGAAUUUAGUGGUUUAGUGGUUGUAAUUUAGUGGUGGUGCUUCUAUGCUGUUCUGGGAGCAAAUAAAAAACAUAGAACACGUUCAGCUGCUUGUCUUCCCGGGCAUGUCGUAAAAACCGACAGAGGGAUUGCGUCCUCUAACAUGAUGGACUAAUGUUA